GUGGACUGGGACAUCGAGGAUGCUGUGAACCGCUACGUGCAGCCUGUCCUGGACAAACUGAGUUUGGUGGCCAACUUCUCUGUUGACUCGCAGAUCCUGUACUAUGCCGUCCUAGGAGUGACACCACGCUUUGACAAGGAGUCCUCCAGCUUCCUUCUGAGCGCUCACAGCCUCCCUCACGUCAUCAACCCCGUGGAGCCCCGGAUGGGAUCCAGCGCUGCCUCACUCUACCCUGUGCUGAACUUCCUGCUGUACGUACCAGAGCGCUCCCACUCCCCUCUGUACAUCCAGGACAAGGACGGAGCCCCAGUGCCCACCAACGCCUUCCACAGCCCCCGUUGGGGCGGCAUCAUGGUUUACAACGUUGAAGCCCCUGCUUCCCCCCAAGCCUCCCUCCCGCUGCACGUGGACGUGGACAUGGUGCGAGUGAUGGAGGUUUUUCUGGCCCAGCUCCGGUUACUGUUUGGGUUAUCUCGGGAGGAGCUGCCCCCCGAGUUCCUGCUGGAGAGCCCAGGGAAUGAGGGCUUGGCCGACUGGGAGCUGGACCGCCUGCUGUGGGCCCACACCGUGGAGAACAUCGCCACCGUGUCUACCACCUUGACCUCGCUGGCCCAGCUCCUGGACAAGAUUGGGAAUAUUGUCAUCAAAGAUGAUGUUGCCUCUGAGGUGUACCGAGCGGUGGCCUCGGCGCAGAGGGCCAUGGCUGAGCUGGCCGCAGGCCACCUGCACUCAGCUUUCCAGGCCAGCAGGGAGGCGGUCACCUCCUCCGAGCGAGCCUUCUUUGAUCCAUCUCUCCUCCAUCUCCUCUACUUCCCU